AUGGGGUCUGUGGGCAGGAAAACCUGCCUGGUUGAGACGGGUUUGUUCCCGGGCAGUUUGGACAGGGAAGAAGUUUUCCCUUACCCAGAAAUUAGCAAUGAAGAACUACAGGAGAUCAACCAGUUUGUAGGACCUGUAGAAAAGUUCUUCAAUGAAGAAGUGGACUCUAAGAAGAUUGAUCAAGAUGCAAAAAUCCCUCCUGAAACCCUAAAAGGACUGAGGGACCUAGGUCUCUUUGGCAUGCAGAUUCCAGAGGAAUAUGGUGGUCUUGGUCUGUCCAAUACCAUGUAUGCACGUUUGGGAGAAAUCACUUCUCUGGAUGGAUCUAUUGCUGUUACUCUGGCAGCUCACCAAGCCAUUGGGCUGAAGGGAAUCCUCAUUGCUGGCACUGAUGAGCAGAAGGCAAAGUACCUGCCUCGACUGGCAUCUGGGGAGCACAUUGCAGCUUUUUGUCUCACUGAGCCUGGAAGUGGAAGUGAUGCUGCGUCCAUCAAGACAAGAGCAACCCUCAGUGACGAUGGGAAGUACUUCUUAUUAAAUGGCUCCAAGGUGUGGAUAUCAAACGGGGGCCUUGCCAACAUCUUCACAGUGUUUGCUAGGACAGAGGUUGUUGAUAAAGAUGGACAAGUGAAAGACAAGAUCACUGCUUUCAUCGUAGAGCGGGAUUUUGGUGGAGUCACCCAUGGGAAACCUGAGGAUAAACUAGGCAUUCGAGGAUCCAAUACCUGUGAAGUACAUUUUGAAAACACAAAAGUGCCUGUAGAGAACGUAAUUGGAGAAGUAGGAGGGGGCUUUAAGGUUGCCAUGAAUAUCCUGAACAGUGGAAGGUUUAGCAUGGGCAGUGCAGCUGCUGGGAUGAUUAAGAAACUGAUAGCAAUGUCAGCAGAGUAUGCUUGUACCAGGAAGCAGUUCAAUAAGAGACUGAGCGAAUUUGGAUUAAUUCAGGAGAAGUUCUGUAUGAUGGCAGUGAAAGCCUAUGUCAUGGAGAGCAUGGCUUACCUGACUGCAGGAAUGAUGGACAGGCCAGGGUUUCCUGACUGCUCCGUGGAGGCUGCCAUGGUCAAGGUGUUCAGCUCUGAAGGUGCCUGGGCCUGUGUGAGUGAAGCCCUGCAGAUCCUGGGGGGCCUUGGCUACAUGAAGGAUUAUCCCUAUGAACGCUACCUCAGAGACACCAGGAUCCUGCUGAUUUUUGAGGGAACAAACGAGAUCCUGCGUCUGUACAUCGCUCUGACGGGGCUGCAACACGCGGGCAGGAUCUUAACUGACAAAAUUAAAGAAAUCAAGAAAGGAAACGUGGGAGUGGCCCUGGGGGAGUUUAUAAACAGAUUACGGGACACAAUGGGCAGAAAAGUGGAUUUGGGGCUGGUUGGUGAUCAUGGAGUGGUGCAUCCCAGCCUCCAGGAAAGUGGCAAGAAACUUGAAGAAAACAUUUAUUAUUUUGGAACUACAGUGAGAGGCCUGCUAAGUAGGUUUGGCAAGACAAUAGUGGAUGAGCAGCUGGUUCUGAAGAGAGUGGCAGAUAUAGUGAUUAACCUUUAUGCCAUGACUGCAGCCAUUUCCAGAGCCAGUCGCUCCAUCAGCAUCGGCCUGAGGAACCACGACCAUGAAGUGCUGCUUACAAAUAUCUUCUGCACAGAAGCCUAUUUCAAGAACAAUUAUGCCAUGUCUCAACUAGAAAAAUAUGUAGAAGAAAACCAGGAUGACUUUAUUAAAAAAGCUGCAAAGCAGGUACUGGAAAAGAGAGCCUAUAUCUGUUCCCACCCCCUGGACAGGACGUUCUGA